AUGUUUUCGGCGCCGCAGCAGGCACAGGCGGGCUCGCCGUGGGCCCAGAAGAGCAGUGCAGCUCCGUUCGGCACGCCGGGAUCGAUGAACUUUGGCAAUACGUCUUUUGGCGCGGCGCCCGCGACGCCGGCGCACGGCCAGCAGGGAUUUCUGAAUGCUGGCCCUAGCGGCACGCCCAACCCCCUCGGCCUUACGCCCCAGAGCGCGCAAGGAAAGACGCAGCAGAACGCCCCGUGGGGACAGCAGACGAAUGCGUUUGGCACGCCGCAGCACCAGGCGCAUGCGCAGCCGCACCACGCCGGAUUCUCGCCGGCACCGAAUACACAGCAGCCGAUGGGCGGCGCCCAGCAGCCGCUGAUGCAGCCGGGACAGGCGCCGGUCGACUACCUGCCUGGAUACCUGAGCAAGAUGCGCAGUAGUACCCAGCCGAGCGCCUCGGCAAGCCGCCCGAUCGAGUCGACGUCGUCGCCCCCUGCGCGCGACGCAGACACCUCUCUCUCGCUCACGAAAGAGGCACAGGGCGGCACACGCACGCUGCCGAGCGCCUCGCCUGUAAACCGCUUCAGCUCCUCCUUCUUCAACGCGCCGCUCGGUGGCGACGAUUCGCGCAUCGGGCAGACGCCGCCCCCGGCCGGGAGCGGCGUGCGCGAAGGCAGCAUCUUUGGCUACGGCGGCCUGCGGGGUACGCGGAAGCAGGAAGAGGCGGACCGCUCGAUCUCGCUGCGUGCGCCGACGUCGCCGCCGCAGCCCCAGCCGACGGCCUCCUUCUUUGGCACGGACUACGGCGCAAGUGCGAUGGACGACGACGAUGCGCCGCCACAGGACGCACUGAGCGACAUGGCGCAGGCGCCUGCAUUCGCCGCAUCGCUCGCGGCAUCCGCGGCGCCGGCCGCGCCGCGCGCCGAGAAAGAGACGGCCGAGGUUCCGCUCGCCCAGCGCGUCGUGCUCGUCUAUGGCUUCCCGGGCUACUUGUAUACGCGCAUCGUCGAGCAGUUUGCCGCGAUCGGCGGCCUGCACCAUGCGGAAGAGGUCCCGCUGGACCACGGCAAGACGGCGCUCGAGACGACCGACGGCAAGCCGCCGCCGCCGGGCGCGACGCCAGCCGUGGCGCGCCUGACGUACAAUGCGCCGUACCAGGCGCUGCUCGCCGUGCGCCGCGGCGGUGAGCUUUUUGCGAAUACGUGCAUCGUCGGCGUGCGCUGGGAGGACGACGCGCUGCACCAGCUGAGUCUCGUCAAGGGCCUCGACGCGCCGCUCCUGCCGAGCACGGAGCGCGCUGCGCCUGCGCCGGCGACCCCCGCGCCGGCCCGCGUCGGGGCCAGGGGCGGCACAGAGGCCAAGAACACGCCGCUCUUUGGCCGCCCGAUCAGUGUGGUAGACACGCCGGUGUCGGCGCUCGCGCGCAAGGACGCGGCGCCGCAGGGCAUGUCGCCGCUGCGUGCGGUCGUGCACGCGGGUGAGUCGCUCUGGCACACUGGUGUCACCGGCUCCUCGCAGACGCACGCGCAGCCCGGUGCGCCGCCGCCUGCCCCCGGCCUGUUCGGGCGGCUGGCCGACGGUCUCUUUGGUUGGUAG